ACCACCCGGCUAAUUCUGCGUUUUGUAAGCUGUAGUCGCCGACUAUCGAAUUUCAUUCUUUUGCGAUUGGUCUGAAACGCUUAGCGGACGUGACCUAGUGCUGAAAGGAGUGUAGUAGAUGUGUUAGGGGUCUGUAUCUUUAGUCUGUGAUGGAAAGCUAUAACCCGCAUGUGCGCACCAAAACGGGGCGAGGAUGCUCCCUACUUCUAUAAUGCUCCCAAUCUUUUAUGUUAGCCUUUUCAUAUCUUGGAGAGUGAUCAAACAUAUCGAGUUCUGAGAGAGGAAAGUGUAGAAGAAGGGCACAGCAUGUUUACACCAGUCGAGACGAGUAUCGGAGCGUUAUUGCUACACCAAGCAACUAGCAGCCUUCUCUAUCAGAAUGGGAACAUUCUGGGCGCUUCCGGAUCUCUACGCCAACUCUUCUCCGCACCGACGAGAGAGACUAUGGGCUUCUUCGCUGGUAUGGCCGCCAGCUAUUUUCCAUUGAAAGCUCUAGCUCCACAACUGAUCACAAGUUACCCUUCUGUACCGAUCACGCUACAGGUUGCGUUGUUCACGGUUGGCGUUGGACUUCUCGUGGGCUGGGGCACUAAGACGUCAAAUGGCUGUACUUCUGGACAUAUGCUCUGUGGACUUUCCAGACUGAGCGGACGGUCGGCCAUUGCAGUCGCUACAUUCUUUCCUGUCGCUUUGAUCACACAUCACCUCGUCCAUCCUACAUUAUACACCGAAGCAUGCCCAGGCGAUCUGCCAUGCUACAAACCGAUCUACCCCUCCACGACAACGACAGCGUCCCUUAUACUACUCGCCGCAAUGAGUGUCCUCGCUGCUCGAACAGUACCCAAACUCAUUGCCUCAAUCACCACCCCGCAAGCAAGCGAUAAGAAGUUGCCCCAUGAUACCCGCUCCAUAGCACGCUCAGCAACACAGUUUUUCUCCGGUCUCCUCUUUGCCCUCGGUCUGCACAUCUCCCAGAUGUCACAUCCCGCCAAAGUUGCUUCCUUCUUCUCCUUUCCCUCGCUACAACACUGGGACCCCUCCCUUGCGCUCGUAAUCCUCCUCGGUGUCUUACCCAAUCUCAUCGAAAUCCAACGCAAGGGGUUCAAAACUCCGCCGUCAUUUGCAGACAAGUUUUCCUUGCCCACGAAGACGCUGAAGGAUGUGGAUGUCAAGUUUGUGGCUGGAGCAGCGGCGUUUGGUGUGGGAUGGGGCCUGACGGGUACGUGCCCAGGACCGGCAGUGCUGAGGGCUUUUGCGCAGCCUGUUUGGGGUUCCUUGUGGAUGACUGGGUUUUGGGUUGGUGGGAGGCUUGGUGAUUUGUGAUCAAGAUGGACUCUCUUUCUUUUAUCAUACUAUUAGUGUUUGAUACCCAACAUAUGGUACUUGUUUUUUUACAUUAUUGCAUGAUUCGAGCAUGUUUAGACACCCUUUGGCUCAACACUUUAUCAUUUCUUGGAUCGAGAACCAGGCAUAGUAUCAAGCUCACUACACUUGAAUCGCAAGACAAGGAAGUAGACAUGCGAUUUAGCGCUAUUUUUCUACCCGCGGUGUAGUGCGCAGCAUUAGUGACAUGAGCUAAGAAGCUGAAUGUAUCAAACUGUGGUGCUAACCUAUUUUUGCCCUGGUUCCAUGAGUUAACGAAUUGAGACCUGAUCUUAGGGGGUGCUAGGUAGAUUAUGAUAUCGCAAGU